AUGAGGGUUUUAGCAACACCUUUCACUGCUCUUCUUCUCCUUUUCUUCAUCAUCUCUGCACCACCCACUUCCACCACCGCGGAGAUGCAGUCUCCGGCGACCCAGCCUGAUAACCUCGCUCCCGCUCCCUCCCCUUAUGCUCACUCCUCCUUCCAUAAAACGUGCUCUCUCUACUCAUUCUUCAACGGGAACUGCUUCCCUCAGCUCUCAUCUGUUUACUUCGCCUUUUCCAUCGUUUAUCUGUGCUUUCUAGUGUAUUGGAUCUCGGUUUGCUUCAAGGUCAAGCCAACUUUUCGCCGGAUUCAUCUACUAAUGGCUGGAUUGGUUGUAGUGAAGGCACUUAGCUUGAUCUAUGAAGCUGUUAACGUUACAGGUACUCAUGGAUCGGAUCUCUUCUUCUACAUUUCUAAGUUCAUCCGAGUUGUCCGUUUGUCCAUUGUGAUCCAGCUAAUCGCUUCUGGUUGUUAUUUCAUGGAGCCGAUUAUGCAAAAUGUGGAUAGAAUCGUUUUACUGUUUUUGAUCCCUCUUCAGGUUUUAGCAAAUGUAGUUAAAACAGUGAUUGGGGAUUCUAGCGAUUCCAUUAACGACUGGAUGAAUCUGGUAGAUCUAAUCACUUGUAGUCUCAUGAUAUACCCCAUUAUUUGUUCGAUGGUGUCGAUGUGCACUGGUGGGAUGAGCGCUAAGAAUUUUGAAAGGUUGAAUGGAUUUAGGUACUUCUAUAUGAUUGUUGUGCUUUAUUUGCUGUUUGUUAACGUUGUUGUGGAACCUGUGAGAAAGAAUGGUGCUAUUGGAUUAAACGCCAUUGAUGCUGAGGAGUACCUGUUGAAGGCUAAUGUGGUGUUUGAAUUGAACAGUCUGAAUUUCUACAUGAUCAUCUGUAGCAUGUUCAAGAAACAGUUUACCCUUCUUGUCGAUCGUGAUGAAAAUAAAAUUGGAUGCGUGGAAUCAGGAAUUUGA